ACUUAAUCCAUCAGGUUCGGAGCUUCCAUCAAGUGUGACCGGACUUCGAGAGACGGGAUCAUCAAAGACAGUAUCGAGCGUCAUAUCCUCCCAUGGAUGACACAACAGGCUAUGUUCCAGCGCCAUAUGGCCGGGCGUGCGCCAACUGUGCUCGAGCCAAAUGCAAAUGUAUCCUUCCAGAGGCAGGAGGUAUCUGCGCAAGAUGUUAUCGAUUGAAUAAAGAAUGCCGGCCCUCAGCCAGAGUCCGAAGAACUAGACGAAACACACCCAUAGUGUCAAAGGCUGUGCAGUUGGAGCAAAAACUGGAUGGCUUACUCUCCCUCCUCCAAGCUAAUCAGUCGCAAUCGAUGCCUGAGUGUCCUAGCCCUGAAAUACCUGGUCAGGAUCAAGUUUCCCCAAGACGUCAAGAUGUCGUGGCCCCGCUUCUCACACCAGAAGGCAGCACACCGCAUGGCAACUCUCCUGGUAGGUCUUUUACUACUUCAGUAGGGCCAGCAGAGGUCUGUUCCUCGAAUACAGCAGACGCCAACGCAGAGGAAGUUCUUAAUUGCUUUCGCAACGGGCCUCUGGCGUAUCUACCAUUUGUUCAUAUUCCGGACAGUGUCAGUGCUGCGCAACUGGAGAUGGAGUCUCCGUUCUUAUGGUAUUGCAUUUGUGCAGUGCAGUGCAAGCAUACUGCGCGCCAGUCUGCUCUCAGCGUCAGCAUCAGAGAAAAGGCAGCCCAGGCGCUCCUCGUGGACUGUCGAAAGAACCUGGAUAUACUGCAAGGCCUACUGGUCUAUCUAGGCUGGAUCACUUUCCACUGCCAACCGCAAAAGUAUUCUCUUUGCCCGCCUGAUGAAUCACAUCCGGCCGAUUGCGAUUGGAACGGUCCUACCCACAACCUCAAAUUUCCGGUUUCCAGAACACGGACCAUGAAUGAGCGACGCGCUUUACUCGGUUGCUUUCUCCUAAGUUCGUUUAUAUCCCAAUUCUUGUGCAAGCCUGAUCCACUGCGUUGGACAGCACACAUGAAAGAAUGUCUGGAAGUCUUGACUGCGAGAAAAGAGACUCCCAAUGACGCAGUCCUUGUACAGCUCGUUCAAAUUCAACUCGUCGUGGACAAGGUGAUCAGGCGGUCUUGGGACGAAAACGGACUCGCCGCCGAAGACAGCCCCCGGCUUCCGACAUCCUUUUUCAUACAAACGAUGCAACAUCGGCUGCAAAGUACCAAAAGUCGAAUUCCACCUGAGGUAGCGGACAACAAGGUUGUGCUUUUCCAUCUAUACCAAGCCGAAGUGGCUGUAUAUGAGUCGGCGCUGUCGAGAUCGGCCACACGAGUCGAAGACGUAGAUGUCACUCGUAUCAGCCAUCUUUAUGCUUGUCUAUCCGCAACUAAGAAUUGGGUUGAUCUCCUUCUCACCGUCGGUCCUGAAGAAUAUGUCUUCCUGCCAGUAACGAUCAUCUUCCAGGUCUCACACUGCCUGAGUACCUUGUUCUAUCUUUCUACAUUUGGCUACCCGGGCUGGGAUAGAGAAGCAGUUACCCGAACAGCUGACCUGCAGUCCAUCGCGCAGCAGAUAAUUGGCCGACUGGAUUCGGUUGCUGAAGCGGCAGGCAUCCAGAACGAAGGAACGGAUGGGGAUUCGUGGAGCAAGGCGGCCAGGAUCCUGCCUAAAUUGCAGGCUAGUUGGGCGUCUAGGCUCCCAAACGCUGUAGCUAUAGGUGAAAACUCAGACGGACAGUCGUCGGCUCUUCCUAGUGUUGAUGAGGACUUUCUCGAAGCAUGCCUCAAUUGGCCGGAUGUAUGGCUGAUGGAACCGUGGAUGCAGGCGACUCAGAACGGAUUGUGAUGGUCUAGCUAAACCUUUGAAUGUAUUACG